CUACCCGCUCACAUACACCUGCACCCCAGAGCCAUGAAUGGUUACGGUUCUCCAUACCUGUAUAUGGGGGGCCCAGUGUCUCAGCCCCGGGCCCCCCUGCAGAGGACCCCCAAAUGUGCCCGCUGUAGGAAUCACGGCGUCCUUUCCUGGCUGAAAGGGCACAAACGUUACUGUCGCUUUAAGGACUGUACCUGCGAGAAGUGCAUCCUCAUCAUAGAGCGGCAGAGAGUGAUGGCUGCCCAGGUGGCACUGCGGAGGCAACAGGCCAACGAGAGCUUGGAAAGCUUGAUCCCAGACACACUCAGGGCAGUGCCGGGUCUGACUUCCAGCCUGGCCACAGACACAGCCCAGCAGCCUGGCCGCCCUGGAGAGAUUGGCAUCCGAUGGGCACAGGAGGCUCCCCCUACCCUACCGCUCUCAGUGAAGGCAGACCUGGCAGAGGAGAGGAUGGGGGACAGCAGCGGCACAGAGGCAGGGGAAACAUACAGCGACAAAGACGCAGAGCACCGAAGCUCUCCAGAAGGAAAGCCUUGCUGUACCCCAGACAGCCCGGAGGUGGUGCCAGUUGCUGAGGCGGGGUACCCUGGGCAGAAAUCGUGCAGCACCACGGACAGCACCACGGACAGCUCCAAGUACCCGGAGGAGCAGGGACAUCUAGUGAUUGAGGGAGCCACUGGCACAGUGUCCCUUCCCUUUAACCUGAAGGCCAACAGGCCACCCCUGGAGGUUCUUAAGAAGAUAUUCCCUAGCCAAAAACCCACAGUCCUUGAACUCAUACUGAAGGGGUGUGGUGGGGACUUGGUGGGGGCAGUAGAAGUGCUUCUGUCCAGCAGAUCCUCUGUAGCUGGGGAGAGAACUGCUCCUGAGCCCGAAAGCAUAGUGUUGCCCCACAAUGGCCAUUUGUUCGAACACACGCUCAGUUCGUACCCCUUAUCAUCAUCUAAGUGGUCUGUGGGAUCUGCCUUUAGGGUGCCAGAUACGCUGCGCUUCUCAGCCGAUUCUAACAACGUGGUCCCCAACCCUCUGGCUGUACCAUUGCAGCACCCCUUCCCACAGUCCCCCAGGUACCCGCUUCUUCUUAGGAACACCUUAGCAAGGAACCAGUCCAGCCCAUUCCUACCCAAUGAUGUGACCUUGUGGAACACCAUGACUCUGCAGCAGCAGUACCAGCUGAGAUCUCAGUAUGUCAGCCCUUUCUCAGGGAAUACUUCCAGUGUCUUCAGAAGCUCCCCUGUGCUCUCUGCCAGACCCCCUGAGGACCCUAGAAUAUCUGUGUCUGAAGAGAGCUGCCCCAUUGUGGUAAAACAGCCAAUUUACACAGAGGAUGACUAUGAUGAAAGAUCAGAUUCAGCAGACUCCAGAAUACUCAACAAUUCCUCUUAAAGGGUGCUGUGGGUCACUGGGCUGAACCAAGAG